UUCUCCAGAAUCUCGUAAACUGUGCAUAUGAGCUUGCACUUGUGCAUGUCAUUUUACUUGGACUUUCCUCACUUAAUUCUUUUGAAAUAGUGAAACUGUUUACAGUAUUUAUUUUUUCUUGUUCUUUUCAGUGUCUCAAAAUUGACUGUGCAGUUAAUCAUCGAUACACUUUAAGCACUUUACUUCAAGAUCCACUGUCAGUUUUUAAUUGAGCGGAAUUUACUUGCUCGCAGAGUGCUUCCUUGUGUGGCACUAGUUAUCAUAAAUAUGAGUAUAACACUUUCUGUCCUGACCCCAACUGGGAGAAGGCAAACUGUCAAAGUAACUCCCAAUACGACAAUUUUACAGGUUUUAGAAGAAGUUUGUGUCAAACAGAAGCUUGAUGCAUCAGAAUUUGACUUGCGACACCAUAGCAGGAUUCUAGACCCAAGUUCAGUAGUACGAUUUUCUCAACUACCAAAUAAUGCUCAGUUGGAAAUGGUUGAAGCCAAGAAGAAACGGCAAGAGUCACCCGUAAACAUAAUGUUACAAUUAGAAGAUGGAACAAGACUGAAUGGAGACUUUUUGCCCAAAUGUAGUUUGAAAGAUGUAAUCAGCAAUUUAUGCCCAUCUGAAACCGGUGCGGUUGAAAAUCCAGCCAUCAUUUACAUGCGGAAAGAGAUCACUGGACUUGAAGAAUUGAACAAGACAACUCUCAAAGAUUUAGGUCUCACAAGUGGAAGAGCUCUGCUCAGAUUUUUAAAUCGAUCAAAGGAACAAUUAAGCCAGCAACUUCAUGUGUCAAAUCCGUUGAAACCGGUGAAAGUUGAAAUCCAGGAGACACCUAUCUCUCAAUCUCCUUUGUCAGUAUCAGACUCAAAGAGCGCUCAUGAAUCAAAGAUAUUUGACGAGAGUACCUCAGGCCUGAGUGAAGCAGCACAGACUUCUGUAAAGGGUGAAGAAAACAUGGACACUAUCUCUCAGGCUCCUAGGAAUUCAGAAAUGUCAGAUGAUAAUUGGAAUCAGAUAGAUGCUGAAAGUCGACUUUCAUUAAAGCGAGUGUCUGGUGCAGAGAUUCCAAAUGGGUCAGAUAGUAUGGAUUGGAAUGAAAGUGACUCAGCGCCGAGUGAAAAGAAACUAAGCAAAUGUCAAGAAUUAGUUGAACCAAAACCAGAACCUGAACCAGAACCUGAAAUUGAUGUGUCUAAUAUUGAAUUUUUAGGCGAACGGGAGGCUCUCCUUUAUAAUUUAUCAGACCUCAGGAGUUCAAGGAUUAAAGAUGAUUCGUUACCAGAUGGAUUCUUUGAUUUGACUUUAGAUGAUGCCAGAUCAUUGAUGCGAGACUACAAACGAGCGAGAGAAGAGUUGGAAAAUGCUGUUCUUUCAACCAAAGCAAUGAAAGAUCUCUCUGAUUCUCGGCGUAUGCUGGCUCAUCUGAACAAAUACCAGCAAACUGUUGUCAGAAUACAGUUUCCUGAUGGAUUUGUUCUCCAGGGUGUUUUCAGGCCCCGAGAAACCGUACAACAUGUUUUGAGUUUCGUUAAGCAGUUCAUCCAGAACCCUGAAUCUGAAUUCUACCUCUAUACGGCACCUCCAAAAACUAUUCUCAACCCCUCAGAAACUCUAAUCGAAGCAGACUGCGUUCCUGCUGCUGUUAUCUAUUUGGGGUCCUCAAACCAAUCGAGUCCUUCUAUUCAAGAAAAAUACAUUUCAAAGGCUGUUGAGCCUGAUGUAGCAGCUUAUUUUGCUCGUAAAUCUAGAAAGUCAAGAAACGACACUAUAGCGAUCAAGGAAGAGGGCUCAUCUAAUCAAAGUGACUAUGAAAUGGAGUGUCUCCCGGGACCUAGCAAUGGAAAUAGCAACAUCUCUAGCUCUAAAAAUAAUCCAUUCCAAUAUAAUAAAGCACCAAAUGCAAAGCUAAGUAACACAGUGCCUAAAUGGUUCAAACCAACAUAAUAUAUGUUCUGUUGAAAUACUGAGCAAGCUUGAAACAGUUAAUAGCUAUAAGAGUGAAAUAGUAUGUCUGAAUUUCAUAUGCCCAGUGUAACAUGUGCCAAAUGGUUUAAAAUGUGAGCAAUGGAAAAUCAAAUCAAUCUUAGCUUCAUUUAUUCUAUCCUAAAGACAACAUUUGGUAGAAAAAGAGUCAAAGGGGUUCAAGGAAACGGUCAAAAAUUAUUUAACUCUUUUUCUGCAUGUUUGAACAGCCCCCCUCUUGCAGCGUUUUUGUGACGUAGUCCCCUAUCCUUUACCAUGUAAAAAAAAUUGGUUGAAUGGCGUAACGCUCUCCUUGCCCCCUCCUCCCUAGGGCGUUACAUAAUUUAUGAACGAUCCUAAUAUGUAUUGCAAUGUUUCAAAGUUUCACUUGACUGCUCAUUUUUUAUUCAUUAAUAGAUGUAUAUUUUAUAAGAAAAUUUUUUGUCAGAUUCCAAAGAUAAUUUGCCAAAAAAUUUAAAGCAAAUUUGCAAUGGUUCAAGAGCAAAUGCAUUAAUUUCGAUGCAACUUUGCAACAUUGAAAUACAGUGAAGCCCCUUUGACCCUUGCUUCUGCAUUUUUGUAAGUCUGAGCAUUUUUUGAAAAAAAGAACUUUCCCUGUUUGAGAGUUUAUAAACUGCGUAUUUAAUCAAGAAGUAAGAGGGGGAAAAAAUCGCUUAAUUCUAGGCUGGACACUUUUUAAAUAAAAAAUCUUCUUUGUAUCAUGCUCGUUUUGUUGUACCAAGUUAAACAAGUAAGUCAAGCUAUUUUGUAAUUGGGAAGUCCUGCAAUUUUAAUUUUUAAAAGUCUGUCAUUGUGCCACAAUGGGGUUGUUGCGUGAAUGUUGUUUAAUUCAUUUUCCGAUAUUUAGGAGUAUGCAACAUAAGGGGGUUUUCUUAAAUUUUCAUGGUCGUAGGAGCCAGGGGAAUCAACCUCGAAAGUUCAAAGGUAAUCUGUAAUGGGGUCUCAAUGUGCAUCUCAAAAUCAUCCAACUUGGGUGACACUGCCAACGUCACAUGUGUAGAUGCCGAGUUGCAUCAUGUUAUAACUUUAUGACGCUAUCAAAGGCUCUCCUUUAAUUUUUUUUGUGUGUAAAAGUGAGUAAAGCAAGCCUGUCUAUGCUUGUACGGUUACUUGGCAAGUUUCAGCAUUGGCAACGUUUAAGAUGAAUUAGACCUUUCAGAGGUGAAAAUUAUUUUUCACUGCAAUUAGACAAAACUUAACUGAGCUAUUUGGGGGCCUUUGACUGAAUUUUGAGCUUUAUGAAUGCUGCCAUUGGCUUUGUUCUAACAAGUUUCGUUAGAGCAUGUUUUAAAAGUGAAAUCCUUGCUGCAUGCAACUACCCCAUUUAUCUUGUUGGUUUCUGAAUUUCUCUGAUACAUUAUACUGUCUCUGAUACUUUUUGAAGUUUGAUUUUUGCAGUUCUGAAAAAAAGCUCGAAUAUCUGAGGGUUUCACUUGCUUCAAACUCCGAACUUUAGAUUGCCUUAAAUAUGUGUCAAGGUUUUCACUCUUACUUAAGUAUCAUUUUGGAGAGGAACUACAUAAUAAAGUCUUUUAUUUUCACAAAAAAAA